AUGGUUUCUUUCGAAUGGCAAGAGAUCACCUUGACCGCUCUCAAUGGCGGACUUACUGAGAUUACGAGCCCUAUUUCAUUUAAAGGUGUUACUUUACAGUUCUACAUUGAACCUGCCCAGAAGGUGGUCCCAACCUAUGUGACGCAGUUGGUGCAAGGACGCUUGCAAAGGAUUGAGCAGGGGUCGAAAAUGACGGCUUCAGUCAGCUUGGUUUUCGAUGGUGGCUACUACAUUCUUGUCGACUCACCGUCUUCCGCCGAUCUGAAAGCCAAAGAGACAAUGUUGCGAUGUUUAUCAGCGAAAUCAAUAAACCCCGGCGAGGUUCAACUCGCCGUAACCACCCAUGGACAUCCUGACCACUUUGGUCAGGGUAAUUUCUUUCCAAACGCACGUCACUUCUUCGGAAGUUAUGAAUAUGUUGAUGAUGUUUACAUUAAGACCGAGCUAGAUGUGAAUGACACGAUGAAGAUCACAAGUAAUGUGGAGCUGUGGAACACUCCCGGUCACACUGCUCAGGACAUUUCCGUGAUGGUCAGCAAAGUACCGUGUUGUGGUAUUGUGGCUGUUGUAGGUGAUCUGUUCUAUGAUCAAGCUGACGCCCUAAACAUAUCCUCGGAAUGGUUUAAAGAGGCUUGGGAUCCAACCAUUGGUAAAAGUAGUCGUGAUAAAGUAAUCUGCCACGCUGACUAUAUCAUCCCGGGACACGGAAAGUUAUUCAAGUACUGUUUCCUCUUCAACAUUUGUUUUUAG